ACACUGUACUCACCUCAACGCGCUGAAAGCCUGGAAUUAACCGUACGAAAAACGAACGAAAUAAUUCACCUGCAAAUUCCGGUGGCCAAUGCCAUGCCAUGUCCGUAAUUGCCAAAUAAACCGGACAGCCAUGCUGUUGUGCGUCCUACAGCAACAGCAGCAGUUACAGGAGCAAAAUCAGAAGCAGCAGCAGCGGCAUUCGUAAGCAGCGUCAGGCCGUCAAAGUCGCAGUCGCUGUUGCCGUCGCUGUUGGCGUCGCUGUCGCAGUCGCAGUCGCAGCCGAACCCAAAACAAAGUGAACGACAAAAAGGACAGUGAAGAAGAACCAGGAUAUUUACGAAUCCUGGCGACAGCCCCAGGAUGACACCUUUUGACGACUUUGUCUAUUUGAUCAAUCACGUGCUGCUGGGCGAAGAGCCGACCAUCGAGGACUUCAUACUGCUGGUGGGCACCCUGGUAGCCUUCAUAGCCUUCAUCCUCUGGUGUUGUUUCCCCAUUCAGCCCAAGGAACCCGGUCCUCAUCGCCAGUUCACAUGCAAAAUCAUCCAGAAUCCCAUCAAGGCCUUUGAUGCCUCCACCAGUACAGAUGAUGCGCCUGCUAAUGCGGGAGCAGCUGCUGGAGGCUCCAGUUCGAGCAAUCUGCAGUACAACGGCAGCAGCGGUGCCAGCGGAAGCGGUGCAAGUGGAAGUGGAAGUGGCAGUUACAGCAAGAACGGCACCGUGGCCAUGCACAACUAUUAUGUUAAAAAUGGACACCAUUGCUGCACCUAAGACCAGGGUUCAGCAGCCACUCUACUACACCAUUUGGCCCAUCUGUCCCAUCCCCCGGUCCUGCCCAGGCCCAAGGCUGGCUGGCUGACAAGUAGACAGACGGUAGACAGAUGGCUUUUAGCUUAAUCGCUUAGCGUUAACGUUCACGUUUACGUUUCAGUGUUAAACGUUUACGUUGCGCCAAACCAUAAGUUACGUUAGCACUUUUUUCCAAAACGCGCACAGCCAUCCAUAUGCGUAUCGGCAUAUCGAUUGAGACUUGUGCCAAAUUGGUUCGACAGGUUGUUAGGGAGCAGCUGAAAGCUGCCACAUUGCAUUCGCAGGCACAUUUGAAUUGUAAUUGCUCAGACUGAUUUGUUUAAAAAGAAAGGAACAGAAAGGAGGAGGAUACAAGAGGAUGCAGGAGAAAGGAUACCAAGUAGCAGCAGUAGCAUGGCAGCUUAGGGUCAAGGCCACACACACACACACUCAGCCCUCGGCAAGUUUCUAAAACUUCCCAAUGAUAUCUAUUAUAUAUUAUAUAUAAAAGCAUGCGCUGAAAAUCGAUCAGACUUACUCUUAAGUAUUUAUUUGUGUGAAAAACCCAUCCAAGAAAUGAAAAUUGAAAAGGAAAACUCCAAGACAUUUGCCAACAAUGCAAGUUGAGCAAGCAAAAAAGAAAAGAAAGAAAGCUAAGCCCUUAAACAACAGACGGGAGGAGGGACUAAGACUCUCCCCCUAUACAUAUAUACAUAAUUAUUAUAUAUAUAUAUAUAUAUCUUUAAGAUG